UCCACUGAAGGAAUAUGAUCCGGAAUGCUUUUGUUGAAUCACUUGGAGUGACCAUUUGGAAGACUUACUGAAAUAAAUCAGCCAGUUCCGUUGCUUUUUGGCAGCACUUGUAAUGAAAAUGACAGAAGAAAACAACGCUGCUGAGCCACGUGUUACUGAAGAGGAUGUUCGACUGCUAAUAAAAAGAAAAAGUGACAUUGAAGAGCAAAUUAAAGCAUACCACGACAUGCUCCAAACCCAGGCAGGUAUAGGCAUGGACGCUCCUCUGGUUGAUGUGGAAGGCUUUCCUCGUGCAGAUGUGGAUUUGUACAAGGUCAGAACAGCAAGGCACAAUAUAUCUUGUUUACAGAAUGAUCACAAAGCUAUCAUGGUGGAGAUCGAGGAGGCCCUUCAUAAGCUGCAUGCCACAGCAAGGGUCAAACCUGAGAAGGACGUGACAAAGACGGAAGUCACUGAGCCGACCGCGUCUCUGCCAGCCCCGUUUGCACUGGUGGACACUGUAACACAGGGCUCCCCUGCUUUUCAGGCCGGUCUGCGAGUCGGUGAUGAGAUUAUAGAGUUUGGGUCUGUAAAUACACUAAACUUCAGGAAUCUGCGUGACGUCGCUUCUGUUGUCCAACAUAGUGAAGGGAAAUCCCUACGUGUUGGAUUGCUUCGAAGUGGACAAGAAGUACAUCUUAAUUUGACUCCGAAGCAAUGGUCUGGUAGAGGACUACUGGGGUGCAACUUAGUACCUCUCCACAGAUGACCAGUGAAAGGACGAGGAUCAUCUUUAUGCCAAACAGCACACCUCUUUUGCACUAAAUAAAUUUGCAGUGGGUUAACUUUAA